AUGGGCGACGACGAAGAAGACAAAGGAGGAUCAGGAGAGCGAGGAGUGUUUACGUGUUUACACGUGGCGGAGAAACCGUCUCUGGCGAAAUCUAUCGCGCAGCUUUUAUCGUCGUCGUCCUCGUCGUCUUUGGAUGAUUGCGAUGAGAAGAGUUCGUUGGGGAACAAAAGAGGCACAGGAUUAAAAACGAAGAAAACAACCGUCGGUUCGAUCGAGAUACACGAGUUUUACCGACCGUUUUUACGGAAGAAAUGUUUGCAUCGAUUCACCUCCGUCGCCGGGCACGUGUGCUCGAUCGAUUUUCCGGACAAAUUUCAAGACUGGGACCUCGAUCCGAAACUGUUGUUCGAUUGCAAGACGGAAAAGAAAGUCACCGCUGGGAGAAUACGAGGGAGUUUAGAACGAGAAGCGAGAACGUGCGACGCGCUGGUGUUGUGGUUAGAUUGCGAUCGAGAAGGGGAGAACAUAUGUUUUGAAGUCAUGGACGCGGUCGUGCCUCGCAUGAGAGGAGGAGGAGGAAGGUAUGAGAAUGUUUACCGGGCAAAGUUUAGCGCGAUAUCGAAACCGAGCGUAGAAAACGCGAUGAAAAAUUUAACGAAACCGAAUAAGAACGAAAGCGACGCGGUGGACGCGAGGCAAGAACUGGAUUUGAAAAUGGGCGUCGCGUUCACGCGGUUUCAGACGAAGUAUUUUCAGGAUAAGUUUAGCGGGUUUGAUUCGAGGUGCGUGAGUUACGGGCCGUGUCAAACGCCGACGCUUGGAUUUUGCGUGAAGAGACAUUUGGAGAUUAUACGGUUCGUCCCGGAGAGUUUUUGGCGGUUAAAGUUGAAUUUACCAACAGUUGCGGCGGCGAGUUUAAAACAAAGCGAUGAUGACGUCGUCAUCGUCGACGACGAUAACGGAAUGGCGACGAAGACGACGAGUUACGAAAUAGCCGAAUGGAAGUGGCAUCGCGAACGCGUUUUCGACGAAUCGAGCGCGAUAUCUUUAGAAGCGUUGUGUUCGGAUUUUCUGAAAAAGAAGGACAAGAAAGGCACAUUGGUCGGUACGAUCCGUUCGAAGCAAUCGAAACGGCCUCCGCCAGGCAUGAAUACGGUUGAAAUGUUGAAAACGUGUUCGAAAAUGGGCAUCGGCGCGCACCGAGCGAUGCAAAUCGCCGAGAGAUUAUACUUGGACGGGUUCAUUUCCUACCCGCGAACGGAAUCGUCGGCGUAUCCGCCCGGGUUUGAUUUCAAAAGCAUCGUCGCCUCCCAAACGAGCAACGACGAGUGGGGCGACGUCGCUAAAAAGAUUUUAAGUUUUUCUUCGAUUCGAAAACCGUCCGGUGGACAAGACGCCGGCGAUCACCCGCCGAUUACGCCCGCGGGAAGAUUCGGGAAUCGAAAUUCCAUGAACGGCGAAAUGUUUCGCGUGUAUGAGCUCAUAUCUAGACACUUUUUAGCGACGUUACUUCCGGAUCUAGUAUUGGAAAACAUAGAGAGCGAAAUUGUGAUUGCCGAAAGCGAACGGUGGAAAGCGAAAGGGGUGAAAAUUCUCGAUUUCGGUUGGACCGAGGCGUUGCCGAGACGAGCGCCGAAACUUAAAAUAAUCCCAGACGCGUAUCAAUUGUCCGAUAACGAGAGUAAAAAUAAUAAAAGCAGAGACGUGGACGUGAUUUCAGUCACAAUUGAGCGAGGCGAAACGCAACCGCCGAAUUAUCUCACGGAAUCUGAACUCAUAGGCACGAUGGAGAAAAACGGCAUCGGCACCGACGCUUCCAUUCCAACGCACAUCAACACCGUCGAGGCGCGUAAAUAUUGCGAAAUCGUCCCAAGAGACGGACGAAGAGUCAUACCAACUGAUUUAGGAAUCACUUUAUGUCGAGCGUAUGCGUCCAUCGACGAAGAGCUCGCGUUGCCGACCGUUCGCGCGCACAUUGAAAAACAACUCGAUUUAAUCGCCGAAGGUAAAGCGGAUAAAAACGCCGUCGUUUCGCAGGCGUUGAUGCAAAUCAAAGCUAAGUUCAUACAUUUCGAGAAGAACAUCGCCAUCGUUGACAACUUAUUCGAAGCCUCGUUCGCGUCUCCGAAAGAGCUUCAAUCUACCCCACACACCGUGUGCGGUCGAUGUCGAAGGUACCUGAAACUUCAAGCGUCCGGGAGACGCCACGGACGGAAAACGUUUAGAUUGUUUUGCGAAACCGAGGCGGAAACGUUUGAGUGUCCACGAAACGCGAGCUCGAUUAAACCGUGGUCGGGAAGAUUUUGCGAGAUUUGCGAUUUCGAGUUAUCCAUAUACGAAACAUCCGACGGCGAACGCGCGUAUCCGUUCUGUCCGUUUUGCUAUAACCAUCCGCCAGAUUUUGGGACUUCUUCGAGUAAAAGCGGCGGGUGUCCACAUUCCGUUUUACACCCGAUCGUGAGCGAACGCGCGAUUGCUCCUUGUCCAAAUUGUGAAAAAGAAACCGCGAAGGAUCCGUAUUACUUGGCAAACGCGACUUUGGGUGCCGCGGGAUCGUCCUCGACGGCAGCCUCCGUGGUUUCUUUACCGCAACUCUUGCUCGACCCGAUUUUACGCAAAGGCGGACGAUGGCGCUUAAACUGUACCAAAUGCGACUUAAUCGUUGGCUUACCCAAAGGUUUAAAAAAAGUUGAGGUUUCCGACGAGCACGAGUGUUCCGCGUGCGACGCGAAGUGUUUGAUCAUGACAAAAAUCUACGGCGAGCGAGACGAGACGGAGGAGUUUGAGAAAAUUGCUUGUUGUUUCUGCGAAGACGACAUUCGAGAAACGUCGACUGUUCAAUUCGCGAGUUCUCUCUCUCUCGGAGGUGGAGGUGGUGGUAGAGGAGGCAGAGGAGGCGGAAGAAGAUAG